UAUGGCAUCGUUCUGGAUGCCGGCUCUUCCCACACAUCCGUGUUCAUCUACAAGUGGCCAGCGGACAAAGAGAACGACACAGGCAUCGUGGGCCCGCACAGCUCCUGUGAUGUGCCUGGUGGGGGCAUCUCUAGCUAUGCUGACAACCCUUCCGGGGCUGGGCAGAGUCUUGUGGAAUGCCUGAACCAGGCGCUUCGGGAUGUGCCCAAGGAGAGACACGCGGGCGCGCCCCUCUACCUGGGAGCCACAGCGGGCAUGUGCCUGCUCAACCUAACCAGUCCAGAGGCUUCGGCCAACGUGCUCGCAGCCGCGACGCAGACACUGACCCAGUAUCCCUUUGACUUCCGUGGUGCCUGCAUCCUCUCGGCCCAGGAUGAGGGGGUGUUUGGCUGGGUGACCGCCAACUAUCCGCUGGAGAACUUUAUCAAGUAUGGCUGCGUGGGCCAGUGGUUAGGGCCAAGGAAGGGGACGCUGGGGGCCACGGACCUGGGGGGCGCCUCCACACAGAUCACCUUCGAGACGGCCAGCCCAGCCGAGGAUCCGGCCAAUGAGGUCCAGUGCUGGCUCUACGGCCAGCACUACCACUACCCCAGCUUCCUCUGCUAUGGCCGUGACCAGGUCCUCUGGAGGCUGCUGGCCAGUGCACUCCAGACCCACGGCUUCCACCCCUGCUGGCCGAAGGGCUCUUCCACUCACGUGCUGCUCCAGGACGUGUAUGAGUCGCCAUGCACUGCAGCCCAGCGGCCCCAGACCUUCAACAGAAGCACCAAGGUCAGCCUGUCAGGAAGCAGCGACCCUGCCCUGUGCUGUGGCCUCAUCUCUGAGCUCUUUAACUUCUCCUCCUGCCGCUUCUCUAGAUGCUCCUUCAACGGCAUCUUCCAGCCCCCUCUGGCUGGAAAGUUCAUUGCCUUCUCUGCUUUCUUCUACACGGUGGACUUCCUGAGAACUGUGAUGGGGCUGCCCGUGGCAACCCUGCAGCAACUAGAGGUGGCCGUGGUCACCAUCUGCAACCAGACGUGGAGUGAGCUGCAGGCUCGGGCGCCGGGGGAGCGGGCCCGCCUCUGCGCUGGGGCCACAUUCGUGCAGCAGCUUCUGUGCCGUGUCUACGGCUUCGACGAGCGCGCCUUCGGAGGCGUGACCUCCCAGAAGAAGGCCUGAGACACCGCGGUCGGCUGGGCGCUUGGCUACAUGCUGAACCUGACCUACCUGAUCCCCGCCGAGCUGCCCGGGCUGCGCAAGGGCACAGACUUCAGCUCUUGGGUCGUCCUCCUUCCGCUCUUCGCCGCCAUGCCCCUGGCUGCGUUCGUCCUUCGCUGCACCGAGCGCGCUCUGCCAAGACUUCGAGCGCCACCUGGGGGCGAGUUGGGGGCAGCGGCCCCAGCCCCAAGUCCCCCAUGCCUCACCCCAGCCCACUCUCAACAUCUCUGUCCCUAAUGAAGCCCGGCGCAAGACUCCAGCGCCCACGCCCACAUUUGGCCCGGAUAGGUGAAGGGAACCGAAUCCAGCCCCCGCCUGCCCACUGCGGCCUUGGCUUCAUCUCAAGACCUAAUGCUCCUCCUCCUCUUACUAGGGCUGGGGAUGCAGACACCCCGCAGCCCUCAGCCUGUGAAUGCAGGGUUGGGUCCCCAGGGAAUGGAGUCCUGAGAGUCCCCUCCCACCCCCAGUCUUGGGUUUUAGGGGGAGGGUCAGAGCCCACAAGCUGGGAGCCAGCCCAGCGCCUACUUGUAAAAAUUUUGUAGUAAAAAG